AUGCAAUUUAUUUACAUAACAUAUUUCACUGCAUUAUUUGUUUUUGCCCUUGGAUUAAAUUCAACUACAUCUGGAUUCCAAAACAGUACCAGCUUGAAUCUUACCAAUCCGUCUACCACCCAGUACUAUAAUACAAGUACCUUUUCAUCUCCAACAGUUUUAAUAUCUACAGGAGGAGUCUACAACAAUUAUUCAUCCUUUGGAAAUGUCACCAGUCACACAACUACUUCCCACCACUCAACAACUAAGGGUGAAGUUAGUACCGCAACUGGUUCUGACAGUGAAAGUGAGAGCCAAGGAACUACUUCCACGGAAGUAGUAACUGGAUCAACAAGCCAAAGCUCACUGAACAUUGGUACUACCCUUAGCUAUGCUAGUGGCCUUCUCGUAAUUGUUGCUGCGUACCUUCUUUAG